GUGUGAACAGCACCGAACGGCGGUGUUGACGGUGUUUUAAGACGUUACUUGGUUGGAAUAUAUUUCACAAGUUUGUUGGCCAACGCUGAAAAACAGCUGUGUGGCAGCAACGAAUUCGCAACAAAAGUGUAAAUAAAAUCAAAAGUUGAAAUAAGAAAACAAAAACAAAAAUUAAAACGCAAACGAAAAUAAAAGCAAAGUGCGCCAAUUGUGUGUUGUAAUCCAAAGCAAAGCAAUGAGAGUCAGCGCGCGUUGCGAGCAGUGAGCGUUAAUAUUUGUAAAUAAAACGCGGCAUUGCAACAACAGUGCAGCAGCAACAAAAACAAAAACGAAAAAUAAAUUUAAUCAGAAAUUGCAAAAUCUGCACGCGGCUCAGCUUUGCGCCAGUGUGUGUGUGUGGAAAACCUCUGCACCGAACCAAUACCAAAACAGAGCAAACUAAAUUAAAACGCAACGAAAGCGAGUCAGUGCAACAGAUAAAAACGCCAGCAGUGAAAAAAAACACAAAAAGUGAAAUUACCGAAUUCAGCGCCAAACGCUGAACGCUGAACGCCGACUUUAACUGUCCACUCAGCGCGUGUGUCAGACCGUUGCUUGCCGAUCGCUCGUUAAAUUUCGGCAUGAACUGGAAUCAUACUAAAUUAUAAAUAAAAUCAACAAAACUAACAACAAAAAAGAAACAACAACAACAACCAACCGAGCAACCAAACUAGCAAUUUACGGUGUCGUUUUAUUGCGACAUUUCGCAUUGCUGUGGGGCGUUCACAGCUUACAUUUGAUUACUUUUUCGGCAAUUAUCCGCCUUUGGAACUAUUCAUUGAGAGAAAAUUACAAAUAAAAUGGGUUUAUCGCGUGGAUUUGCGGUGCCAUUAUGGUACCUGGCGUGCGUUUGCUUCAUCAUUCAAACAGCCAGUAACGUGCACGCACAGUCACAACAGAAACGUUCAUCGCGCAUCACGAGCUCUCGCAGCUUCGGCACCAACGUCAAAGCGUCCGCCUCGAAUGGCAUUAAUUUCGACUGUCCCGAAGAGUUCGGCUACUACCCGCACCCGACCGAUUGCACACAGUACUAUGUGUGUGUAUUCGGCGGUGCCUUGCUCGAGAGCUGCACCGGUGGACUGAUGUACUCGCACGAGCUGCAGACCUGUGACUGGCCACGCAAUGUGGGUUGUGAAGUUGUGGACAGCGGUGCCGUGUCCCUUGGCAACACCGGCAACGGUGGCGGCACUCGUGCAGGCAAGCAACAACAGCAGCAGUCUAUUAAUAGUCAGCAUGUGCCAAGUCGUAUAAGAUUCGGUUCGGCCUUUAGCAGCCCAGCGGCGACCACACAACCACCGAAGGCGACAGUGCCACCACAAUAUCAUCGUCAGCCACCACAGGUUAUACAGGCGCAGGUGCAGUCUUUGCCACAGCAUGCGGGUACAGUGAUCGGAACACGUGGCCAACCGAAGCCAUUCGAUACACAAGAGGAUAUAGCCAAGCUUUACGCCGACGCGCAUGAGACGCUGCCACCCGUCGAGGAGGAGGAGAGCGAUCGACAGCAACGCGUUUACCGUGGCCAGCCGAGCACAGUGAGUCAGGUGCAGCGCGACCGCGAUGGCAUUAUACACCAGGCAAGCAUCAAUGCCAUACCGAAUCAUGGCAAGAUCGGCUCGUACACCUUCGGCUCUCAAUUUAGACCCGACUCUGCAUCGCCAUCAUCACCACAAUCACCAGCGCCGGCCAGUCACUAUGUACAGCAACAACGUCCGCCGACUGCCGUGAUUGUGGAGGCGAUACCAUCCAUACAAAGUCAGAAUCAGAAUCAGAAUCCCACACAAAAUCAAAAUCAGAAUCAGAAUCACAAUCAGAAUUUGGCCAAUCGUAAUUACUAUAACACAUCGGCUUUGUUAAAUCACGCGGGUUAUGAGUCACAAGCAAACAUACAUCAACAUCAAUUGCAUCAACAGCAACAGGCUGAACAGCAACAGCAAAUUGCGUUGCAACAUCAACAACAACAUCAGCAACAGCAACAACAACAGCAACAGCAGCAACAACAACAAGCACCGCAACAAAGCAAUCAGGAGCAAAGCUCCUACGAACAAUAUUACUCAGUUUAUGAUGAUGAUCUUGAUUUGUAUAGGGAUAUAGAGUACCAGCAGCAGCAGCAACAGCAGCAGGAGCAACAACAGCAACAGUAUCAGCCACAGCCACAGCAGCCGGUGCGUCAACAACCCGUCCAACAAUCGACCUAUCGUCCAUUGGAAAUUCUAACAACACCCGCCCCCCAAGUGCCCCUACGAGAGACUUAUCAGCCACAAGAGAAGCCAACGUAUAACAAUCAACAGUCAUUGAUCUAUAAUACCGACUAUGACGAGGAUCUUAUUGCACAGAUCGAACAGGAUAAUGUGUAUGAUCAGCCGACACGUCCACCAACGCGAUCUAAAACGCAUGCAAACAAAUACCAAAAGAACCAACGUUCACAAGUCAAUUCCCAAAAACCUUCCGCCAUCAACACACCAUCUACAUCUUCCCACACACCAAUACAAAGAAAACCAACAACAUUACCACACACAACAACAACCAUUACACCAAUAUCCCAAUCGUUUUCCAGUUCUCAGUACGUCGAUUCCGACGAAACCUUUGUCACAGUUGUCGCCAAGUCCCACAGUUACCCCAAACCCAACCCAAAUGCGCAACAAAACCAAAAUCCACCACAAACAGCACACUCGACACACUCACAAUCAACACCGGUCUAUUUACGGACAGUGGCCGACACAGAGACCGUAUCGGACGCAAGUCAGAACGUUCAGGUGCAGACGUCGGAACCCUUCAGCAGCGCGGGGCGCUCGCUGGAGUCAAGCACCGCUAAAAGAUCGAAAUUUUUAGCGGCCAUCGACAAUGUGGAAGACUAUACAGAGGGGCCACGUAGCAAUUCAGUGCGUGUGAUUGGCGCAAAAAAUCUCUCAAAUGCCAAAUAUUCAGCUAAUGAAAACGCCUACAAUAGUAACAGGCAACGGGAGGGGUACUAUGGUAAAAAUUCUAACGAGGAACCGCAGCAGCAGCGCUUGGGUAAUUUUGAAAAGCCGAAAAGUAGACUCCAAAGCUAUAUUGUUUCUGAUAUUGCGCCACAGAGUUUUAAACCUGUUCCGACAGUGAAAGUAGAGUCACCGCCAUCUUCAGAACGCGUGCCGAGUUUAGAGCUCACAAAUGAUGAGAGCUCCGCAGCCAGUACAACCUCAACCUUGCGUUAUCCCACAAAUAUUGUUUUUGAACCGAAACCUUUCAAGUAUAAUUUGCAAACCGGUUCAAAUGGUUUCAGUUUGCGCGCACAAAACGCGGACGAAGCGGAGGGACCCAUCUACGAGCGUAGACCCAAUGUGGCAGCGCAGAAACUUACGACAACAAGCCGAGCAAUUGUUACUCCCGUCACAAGCACGGCCGCAGCGAGUGCACCGGCGCAGAAAUCCCCCUUUUAUGACUCCUCAUACGAGGAUGAUAUCGUCCCAACCACCUAUGCUCCGCCCUUGCGUAGCGCAUGGCGUCUGGGUCGUACUAGUGACAGGCCCUUGCAACAUAUCGUUUUGGAAACUGAUUUGGAGAACGAUCAUGUCUAUAGCUCGGGUAGCGAGCAAAGUGUGGUAACAGCUCUGAAGGAUACGAGCACUGCACGCCCUGCCACAAGUACUAGUACCACAACGACGAGUACAACACCACGUACUACUACAACUACCACAACAACUACUACUACCACAACCACUACGACAACUGCAGCCCCUCCACCGACAACCACCUUUGUUUUCUCUACUACCGAGCGCGCUGCUCAGAGCUACACACCGCGCACGCUCGCAUUUAAAGAUAACCUAAUUAAAACCACCGGAACUCCGGCUCAGCGCUUUGUCUCGCCCUACAAAAGUCUGGAAACGAUACUCCAAGAAAAGGAAGAUCGUUAUACAGGUUUCAAUGGACUACGUAGCACGGUCAAGCCACGCUACACCAGCCCAACCACUCCUACAACAUUUACACAGAGCACUAGUGCCAAGCCUGUACGCAGCUAUUUUCUCAUCACAACUCCUCAACGCAACCUCACUGACUCCAUUCUGUCUACCGCGUCGACAGCUAUGCGAAAUUUCAGUGUAAGUGAUACCGUACUCAACACCUUUUCUAACACACCGCUCAGAGCUUCAACGACCACAACAACCACCACCGCAGUGCCAGUAACAGAGGCCACAACCGAGACUACAACACCCACUACCAUGUCGACAGUCAUUGUUACCUCGCCCAUACGCGUCUCUCAGGCACUUUCGUAUCAAAAUCUACUAAAACUAGAUCAUAGCUCACUUAAUUCAGAAACCCCUCGUCCGCGCGGACGCUCUAGGUAUUCUGCAGCUACGGUAAACGCUGUCGACGAACCCACAACUUAUACGCCGCGCGGUCGUUAUUCUGGCACUAACGCUCAAGAGUCCGUGACGAGUUCACCACUGGAAGCCUAUCCACAAAGAAGAAAACAACAACGCGCACGUAUCGUGGGCGUUCAAGGUCAACGAAAUACGCUUGGAGCAAGCUCACUGAAAACUCGUGAAAAGUACGAAAAUUAUAAGGCGGAGAAGAAGCAACAGCAGGCUGCUGCAAACACAUAUGGGCAAUCGGCACAGAAGACAGUGAAUCACAAACCCAUUGAAAAUGAAUCCACCAUAGAUGAUGGUCCACGCGCUGAAGCUUUGGUACGACAACCCAUCGAUGGGAAACAAGACAACAGUAUCGAAUCUGCGGUGAGCGCCAGCUCAUCAGCCUCCACAGAACAACAGGUUGGCGAGAUCAAGGAGCGUCCACCAAAGUAUUUGUUCUCAAACAAGUACCGUCAGCAGACGAAGGAUCGUACCUUGGCAGAAAGCCUACAGAAUGCUGGUUACAUCACAUCCAGCACAAGUCGUACGAGAUACGACCCCUCUUCAGUGUUGGAACAACUUCAGCUCUUCCUUGCAGGCGACAGUGACGAAAGUAGUGCCCAACAGUUCGUGGAUGAUUUUUCAGAGCGCGAAAUAAGUGCUGCAGUGAAAGAAAUCAAAAAUUUGUACACCACACCACGGGCUAAGCUCACAACAACGCCAACAACCAGCAGCACUUCGACAACUACUUCCACAACAACAACAACGACGACGACAACGACUCAUAGACCACCGACCACCACAACAACCACAACGCUACGUCCGACCACUACGGCUACGCCGCCUACUGCUGCGUAUCGUACCACAACUACAACAAACACUACACCAACCACAAGCGCAACCGCAACAGUUGCGUCCAAUCGUUCCCCUACACAAAACACUUAUACACAAACCAAACACCACACAUCUCCUACAUCAAGAUCCACCACCGACAGCACAACGUCCUCCUCCCAAACGCCCGCCUCCCUCGCAACUGCCAGCAGCACGCCAGCGAGCACUGUCAAGUCCCUGCUAACGCCAAUGCGUGCUUCAAGAGUCAAUAACGCCAUCAAGUCGUCGAUUGCCGCUGCCGCUUACUCCGCACCUUCUUCGCCCUCCGCUCCCAACUCCAACUCUAACUCCGCCUCGGCCACGGCCUCUGCCUCGCCGGCAUCCGCCAACGCGGCCAGAGGUAACAGUAUUAAGGCCAGUGCUUACGCCACGAACGCCGGUGCAGCGGUCAAGUGCGCAGACACCACAUCGAAUGCCAAGUGCAACGAAAUUCCCUCGAGAACAAAUUCGAAUAACAAUCGUAAUCGCGGUAGCUCCUCCUACGGCGGCCAGGAACGUGACACGCCCACAGCAGUGACCAGCAACCGCGGCACGCAUCCACCACGCACACGUCCGACCUUGAAGCCCUCCGGCACGAUUGUCUCGAAGGCGCAGGAGUUCGUCGAUAUCUACAGAUAUCCACCCACCCGUCCCGAACCGCUCUACCCACAACCGACGCCGGACAAGACAGCUGCCAAGUGCCGCAAGGACGUUUGCCUGCUGCCCGAUUGUGCCUGCGGUGGCAAAGACAUUCCCGGCGGUUUGAGUGUCGAUGAGGUGCCACAAAUGGUGCUGAUCACUUUCGACGACGCGAUCAGCAUACUGAAUAUCGAUAUCUUCGCAGAGCUCUUCAACAAUAAGUCCCGCUACAAUCCCAAUGGCUGCCCGUUGCGCGCCACCUUCUAUGUCUCGCACGAGUGGACCGAUUAUGGCAUGGUGCAAGAUCUCUAUGCGGUUGGACAUGAAAUGGCUUCGCACUCCGUCUCUCACAGCUUCGGUGAACAAUUCUCGCAGAAGAAAUGGACGCGUGAGAUCGCCGGUCAACGUGAAAUUCUCGCCGCCUACGGUGGCGUGAAACUCUCCGAUGUGCGUGGCAUGCGCGCACCCUUCCUCUCUGUAGGCGGCAACAAAAUGUACAAGAUGCUUUAUGAUUCCAACUUUACCUACGACUCAUCGCUGCCGGUUUACGAGAAUCGCCCGCCAUCGUGGCCCUACACCUUCGACUAUAAGAUCUUCCACGACUGUAUGAUACCGCCAUGCCCCACACGCAGCUACCCGGGUGUGUGGCAAGUGCCAAUGGUGAUGUGGCAAGAUUUGAAUGGUGGCCGUUGUUCGAUGGGUGACGCCUGCUCGAAUCCCAGCGAGUCCGAAGGUGUAACCAAAAUGAUCAUGAAGAACUUCGAACGACACUACCAAACGAACAGAGCACCAUUCGGUCUGUUCUACCACGCCGCUUGGUUUACUCAGCCGCACCACAAGGAAGGUUUCAUCAAAUUCUUGGACACCAUCAAUCAAAUGCCCGACGUCUGGAUUGUGACCAAUUGGCAGAUGUUGCAAUGGGUCCGCGAUCCCACACCGAUCUCGCGCAUCAAUUCCUUCCAGCCAUUCCAGUGUGAUUACUCGGACCGUCCGAAGCGUUGCAACAACCCGAAGGUCUGCAAUCUGUGGCACAAAUCCGGUGUGCGCUACAUGAAAACAUGCCAACCCUGCCCCGACAUCUAUCCAUGGACCGGCAAAUCGGGCAUACGCUCCUCUCGUAUCGACAAUGAAAUCGAAGAUUCGACAGCGUAAAUGACAAAGUGUGUGUGUGGGCUAAAGACAACCGUUAGUAGUGUAUGUGUGUGUGAGGCAGGUGUAUAAGUUAAGGUCAAGCAAAGCGCCAUCAAGUUAACUGCGGUGAGCAAUGCGUGCGCUUUGCUAAUUGUAAAUACCGACGAGUGCCGAAGGAAGCAAGCAGGAAGAGGAGCAUACAUACAUACAAACCAUACAUACAACUGUAAAUGCACAAAAUAUGCAAUUCACUCGUUAGCACCAACAAAAACUAUAUUUAGCAAAUAACAACAAAGAAGCACCAAUGUAUGAUUGGCUAGAUGAAAUUUCGUCUGUUUUGACAUAAAAAAAACUUUAUUUAUUUAAUCCUACAUUUGUCGAAAUUCUAGUAUUAAAUUUGUAUUAGUUCUAAAACAAAAAGCAAAAUAUUAUAAUUAAGUGGCCACGCAUGCGCGCAAUACUAGUUGUAGUUUUUUCAUAGCAGCCCAAGCGAUUUACCGCUACUUGCAAAGGCAUAAACUGCGCUACAGUUCAAACGGAAACGCUGAUGGCUUUGAGCAGUGAGUAGUUUUGUAUGAAAAAAUAUACAAAUUUUAAGUUUUUUUAACACGUAAGUAUGUAUGUUUAGGGCAAUUUACUAUAUUAUUAUGAUAUGUGAUAAAUGUUUGACUAUUCGAGUUGCCUCGGGCGUUUAAGGUUGAAUAGGUACAAAAGAAAAGUAGCGAAGCGGCUUUGUCGAACAAUUUUGUAGUUUUUUUAAGUUACAAGCUGCAAAUAUUUCGAAAAGCUUUCGUCAGCUAAUUUAAGUGAAACACUUUUUUCACAGAAUUAACUAAACUAUUUACCAGAUCCAUAAAGAAAAUAAAAAAUUUCAAAUUCAUAACUUUUUGAGCAUAUGAAAGUAAUUAUUACUAUUUUUGGUGAUAACUGUACAUAACUGAUUUUGAUUCAUACAUAUAAACACAGCCAGGUCAGGCAGAAUAUUUUUUAAUAUUAAAACUAUUUUUGUAAAAUUUCGAGUUUAGAAAGCAGACACUUUUCAACACUGAUUUACUACUUUCUGU